ACUUGUAAAAAUUUGAAUAGAAUAAUUCCAAAAUUGUAAAGAAGUUUCUAAAAGUUUGGAUCCCAUACAACUUAGAAUUCGGCAACCCUAACAAAGCUACAUUGGUUUUGGCCCCAAAGCUUAAUAAAGACGCUAUUUAUUGUUUCCUUUCAUCUUCAAGAACCCAACCCAAAACUCUGAAAUAUAAUAAUCUGCAAUAUAAUUCUGCUCCGAUCACUUGCUUUUCUCUGUUUUCUUGCAAUGGAGCUGAUUCCCGGUCUUCCCAACGACUUAGCUUUUGAAUGUCUUAUUCGGAUUUCGUUUGAUCAGUUUCCCAAGGCUUCAUCUGUAUGUAGAGCAUGGAAAGCUGUGAUUAAGCAGCCGGAGUUCCUCCGGCGCCGGAAAGCUUCUGGUCUAACCCGACCUGUCAUUGCCAUCUGUCAGUCAAGGUUUAGUUUAAGCAGAUUGGAUACAGUGGGUUUCCGGCUCACGCUAUUCGACCCGGUGAAAAGGCGUUGGCAUGAUUUUCCGCCGAUACCGGAGGUGGUGGAAAGGAUGCCGGUGUUAUGUAGCGUGGUCGGUAUUGGGGCGGAGCUGGCGGUGAUAGGGGGGUGCGAUCCGGUGACACGGCGGUAUCUGAAUUCAGUUUUCAUCUACAACUUCUUCUCCGCCACGUGGAGGCGCGGCGCCGAUAUGCCAGGCGAGGACCGCCUGUUCUUCGGAUGUGCGGCGUCGGAGGAUGGCGGGACAGUGGUGGUCGCCGGCGGACGGAGCUCGACCACUACCUUAGCGCUGAAAUCAACGUUGGCGUACGACGUGGCAAGGGACACGUGGACGACGUUGAUGUACACCCUCAAUGCUCCACGGCAGGCUGCGGAGGACUUGCAAGAGACAGUUCUGGGAAAAUGGAUUGGAGGAUUCACUAGCAAUAUUGGCUCUUGUCCUCCACUUAUGGCGGAGGCUUGGGCAGCUCUAAGAGGCAUCCAAACUCGCCAAAGCUCUUGA